CGAGCCUGUGAGCGAGGGGGGAUUAUUCACUUUUCCAAGACUGAGGGGGAACAGCACCGUAGGGGGAAAAAAACAUUUGACAGUGUUUGUUUAAGGAUUCGUGAAGUGUUUCCACAAUGUCUACGAAAGCAGAGCAAUUUGCCUCUAAGAUAAGAUACUUGCAAGAGUAUCACAACCGCGUGCAACACAAUAUUUACCCCGUGCCCUCCGGAACAGACAUUGCAAACACAUUGAAAUACUUUUCCCAAACCCUGCUCAGCAUUCUGUCCCGCACAGGCAGGAAGGAGAACCAGGAAGCAUCCAAUUUGGCCGUGCCCAUGACCAUGUGUCUUUUUCCUGUGCCAUUCCCACUCACCCCAUCUCUAAGACCACAAGUCAGUUCCAUCAACCCUACAGUUACUCGCUCCCUCCUUUACAGCGUUCUGCGUGAUGCCCCGUCAGACCGCGGGGGGCAGGGGCAGCAGAGUCGGGACGCUCAGCUCUCAGAGUACCCCUCUCUGGACUAUCAGGGGCUCUAUGCGACCCUCGUGACCCUGCUUGACCUGGUGCCCCUGCUGCAGCACGGUCAGCAUGAUCUUGGACAGUCCAUAUUUUACACAACAACUUGCCUCCUGCCCUUUCUAAGUGACGAUAUUCUCAGCACUUUACCCUACACUAUGAUCUCCACUUUAGCUACAUUCCCCCCAUUCCUUCACAAAGACAUCAUUGAGUACCUGAGCACCUCUUUCCUCCCCAUGGCUAUAUUGGGUUCCACUAGAAGAGAAGGGGGCGUCCCAGCAUAUGUCAAUCUCUCUGCCUCCUCCAUGCUAAUGAUUGCUAUGCAGUACACUUCCAACCCAGUAUAUCACUGUCAGUUGUUGGAGUGUCUUAUGAAGCACAAGCAGGAAGUGUGGAAGGACCUGCUGUAUGUCAUAUCGUACGGACCAUCCCAAGUCAAGCCUCCAGCCGUGCAGAUGCUCUUUCAUUACUGGCCAAACCUAAAGCCCCCAGGAGCCAUCAGUGAAUACAGUGGACUGCAAUACACAGCCUGGAACCCCAUCCAUUGCCAACACAUUGAGUGUCACAAUGCCAUCAAUAAACCUGCUGUCAAGAUGUGCAUCGACCCCACCCUCUCCGUUGCACUGGGAGACAAGCCCCCUCCUCUAUACAUCUGUGAGGAGUGCAGCCAAAGGAUAGCAGGAGACCAUUCAGAAUGGCUUGUUGAUGUGCUCUUGCCCCAAGCUGAGAUAUCUGCUAUUUGUCAAAAGAAGAACUGUAGCUCUCAUGUCAGGAGGGCAGUUGUCACCUGCUUCUCAGCUGGUUGCUGCGGGCGCCAUGGCAACCGACCCGUCCGCUACUGCAAGCGUUGCCAUGUCAACCACCACAGCAGCGAGGUGGGGACUGCGGCGGAGACCCAUCUGUACCAGACCUCCCCACCUCCCAUCAACACCCGCGAGUGUGGGGCAGAGGAGCUGGUGUGUACUGUGGAGGCUGUUAUCAGUCUACUGAAGGAGGCAGAGAUCCACGCGGAGCUGCGUGAGUUUGAGCUGAACAGGCGUCGUCAGAUGGGCCUGUCUGCCUCCCACCACUCCCUGGACAACAUCGACUUUGACAACAAGGAGGACGACCAGCACGACCAGAGGCUCCUCAGUCAGUUUGGCAUCUGGUUCCUGGUGAGCCUGUGCACCCCCAGUGAGAACACGCCCACUGAGAGCCUGGCGCGGCUGGUGAGCAUGGUGUUCCAGUGGUUCCACUCCACAGCCUACAUGAUGGACGACGAGGUGGGCUCCCUGGUGGAGAAGCUCAAGCCCCAGUUUGUCACCAAGUGGUUGAAGACCGUGUGUGACGUGCGCUUCGACGUCAUGGUGAUGUGCCUGCUGCCCAAGCCGGUGGAGUUUGCCAGGGUGGGGGGUUACUGGGAUAAGUCUUGCAGCACGGUGACCCAGCUGAAAGAGGGGCUGAACCGGAUCCUGUGCCUGAUCCCCUACAAUGUGAUCAGCCAGCCGCUAUGGGAGUGCUUCAUGCCAGAGUGGCUGGAGGCCAUCCGCACUGAGGUGCCUGACCAGCAGCUCAAGGAGUUCAGAGAAGUGCUCAGCAAGAUGUUUGACAUUGAGCUGUGCCCUCUGCCCUUCUCCAUGGAGGAGAUGUUUGGGUUCAUUAGCUGCAGGUUCUCAGGAUACCCAGCCUCUGUGCAGGAGCAGGCUCUGCUCUGGCUGCAUGUGUUGUCAGAGCUGGACAUUGUGGUGCCUCUGCAGCUGUUGAUCGGGAUGUUCUUUGACGGGGUGAACUCAGUGAAGGAACUGGCCAAUCAGAGAAAGACUCGAGUCUCAGAUCUAACUGGUGAAAAUACUGAGGCUCGGAGGGAAAGCGUGGUUUCAGAUCCAGGCCAUCUUGGGCCGCACAACACUGUGAGCCCGUUCCCCAGUCCAUUCCGGAGCCCAUUCCGGAGCCCCCUGCACUGCAGCCCCUUUAAGAACCUGGGCCAUGCUACGGGACACUGUGCCCUGGACCUGGACUGUGAUGACGAUGACAUGAACCUGGGCUGUUUCAUUCUCAUGUUCGACCUCAUCCUCAAACAGAUGGAGCUCCAGGAUGACGGCGUGAUGCUCGGUCUGGAAAGCAGUCUGGGGAAGGACAUUGUGGGCAUCAUCAACAACGUCUUCCAGGCCCCGUGGGGGGGCUCCCACACCUGUCAGAAGGAUGAGAAGGCUCUGGAGUGCAGCCUGUGCCAGUCCAGCAUUUUGUGCUACCAGCUAGGCUGUGAGCUCCUGGAGAGACUCACCCCCAGGGAGGAGAUACGUCUGGUGGAGUCAACAGACAUCUUGGAGGACACAUUGCUGUUGCCUCAAGUGUUUGGGCCUGAACAACGGACAAAGCAAGGGGCAGAGGAAGCGGACAACCCUGCCAGCACACACACUGACAACCCUACAAUUCAAAGUUACUCUCCUGACAACCCACCAAUGAAGAAUAAUGCUGAUAAGAAGUUUUCCUACCAGCAGCUCCCUGUGUCUCUCAAGCUAAUAUACACUAUUCUGCAGGAAAUGUCUAAGUUUGAGGAGCCUGAUAUCCUGUUCAACAUGCUGAACUGUCUGAAUAUCCUGUGUCUCCACGGAGAGUGUCUGUACCUGGCCCGUAAGGACCACCCCCAUUUCUUGGCCCACAUCCAGGAGAAGAUGCUCAUUCCCAGCCUGUGGACCAUGCUGAAAUCCGAGUUCUGCCAGCUGGCCUCCUUGGCCGUGCCCCAGCUCCUGCAUGCCCUCUCCCUCUCCCACGGAGCAGACAUCUUUUGGAACCUGGUGGACAGCAACUUUAACAGCAAGGACUGGAAGAUACGCUUCGAAGCAGUGGAGAAGGUGGCGGUGCUCUGUCGGUUCCUAGACAUUGGUUCUUUGACGAAGAACCACCUGCUGAAGUACUCCCUGGCCCAUGCCUUCUGCAGCUUCCUGGCCUCUGUGGAGGAUGUCAACCCGGCUGUGGCCACACGCGCCAGGCUGCUGCUGGACACCAUCAAGAGCCCAGCACUACAGGGUUUGUGUCUGUGCCUGGACUUCCAGUUCGACACGGUGGUGAGGGACCGGCCCAUCAUCCUCAGCAAGCUGCUGAUGCUGCACCACCUAAAGCAGGAGGUCCCUGCCCUCAGCUGGGAGUUCUUUGUCAACCGCUUUGAGACGCUCUCCCUGGAGGCCCAGCUCCACCUGGACUGCAACAAGGAGUUCCCUUUCCCCACCACCAUCACAGCUGUGCGUACCAACGUGGCCAACCUUAGUGAUGCAGCGAUGUGGAAAAUCAGACGGGCACGCUUUGCCAGGAACCGCCAGAAGAGUGUGCGUUCCCUCCGUGACAGCAUCAAGGGCCCGUCCACAACCAAGCGAGCCUUCUCCCUCCCAGAGACUCUGUGUAACCGACUACCUUUAAGGCUUACGAGGCAAGAGCACUCUGCCCCGACUCUGGGAGAUAUGAUAGAGAAAGUCCUGCCAGGCCACAGCCCCUCAAUGGAGGAUGACUCGGUCAUCAGGGACCUGCUCCCAGAGGAUGCUGGGAUAGAUCACCAGACGGUGCACCAGCUCAUCAUGGUACUCAUGAAGUUCAUGGCCAAAGACAAGAGCAGUGCUGAUGCAGACAUCGGCAGUGCCAAGGCCUUCAACUCGGUGAAGCGCCAUCUGUAUGUGCUGCUGGGCUAUGACCAGCAGGAGGGUUGCUUCAUGAUCGCACCGCAAAAGAUGAGGACCUCCACCUGCUUCAAUGCUUUCAUUGCUGGCAUCGCACAGGUGAUGGACUACAACAUUGGGCUGGGGAAGCAGCUGCUCCCCCUGGUGGUCCAGGUGUUGAAGUACUGCACCUGCCCCCAGCUCAGACACUACUUCCAGCAGCCGCCGCGUUGCUCUCUCUGGGCCCUGCAGCCACACAUCAGACAGAUGUGGCUCAAAGCCCUGCUGGUCAUCCUCUACAAGUACCCCUACAGGGAUAUGGAUGUGAGUAAAGGGGUUCUGCACCUGAUCCACAUCACCAUCAACACCCUGAAUGCCCAGUACCACAGCUGUAGGCCCCAUGCCACUGCUGGACCCCUCUAUAGUGACAACUCCAACAUCAGCCGCUACAACGAGAAAGAGAAAGAGGAGGACAGUGUGUUUGAUGAGUCUGACGUUCAUGACACACCAACUGGAGCAGGGAACAAGGAGUCUCAGACCUUCUUUGCCCGUCUGAAAAGAAUCGGUGGCAGCAAGUCUGUCAAGUACCAGCCGGUAGAGCUGAAUGCCCAGAAAAGUGAAAUUGAGCUGUCUGAGUACCGCGAGGCCAGUGCAGUGCAGGACAACAUCUUGCACUGUGUGAGGGAGGAGAGCACCAGGAAGAAGCGUCUGCAGGCUAUGCACAAGCAGAAGUCCCUGGACAUUUCCAACACUGACUCCAUCCUCUACAACCUGGACGAGCACCGACGCAAGUCCUGCAUAGACCGCUGUGACCUGCAGCAUGGUACCCCCGGGCCCCCCUCCUCCACCACCUCCCACCCCAGGCGGACAGGGGGCCAUGGGAAGGGCUCGUCAGACGGCUCCUCAGGCCGAGCAGAGGGCAGUGACCACCAGGACCGUUCAGGAACCCGGGGGGGCCACUCAGACUGCUCCAGGCCUGUCAUCCCAGAGGUACGCCUCAGCUGCAUGGAGACGUUUGAGGACAAGGCCGACUUGGACUCCCCUCUUACAGGCGGCUCUUCUGCAGAGAAGGAGGACCAGGACCUCAUUGACCUCUCCUCCGACUGCACUUCAAUCCCAGAGAAGCACUCCAUCCUCUCCAUGUCCGACAGCGACUCCCUGGUGUUUGAGCCCCUACCACCACUGAGGAUCGUGGAGAGUGACGAGGAGUUUGACCUGAACAUGGGGAUGGGCCCCAGGCUGAAUGGGAGUCCCGUUGCCUCCCCUGCCAGGCCCACUGCCUCCCCUGCCAGCAGAAGCACCGUGUGCCUGUCCCUCAUGAUGGUGCAGGUGAGCGUGGAGGACUGUUCUAAGGAGAAGAGGACCACAGACUCCCCAUCAAAAGAAAGCCCCCAACAGCCUCUACAGAGGAGGCCACGCUAUGCAACCCCCACCACCUCCCUGGAGCUGCCUGACCGGUCAGAGCACCCUGGCCUGGAGAGCCCCAUGACUCUCAGCUUACAACAGAAGAGGGACCUGCUGAGGAAGACCCCUGCUGUCCCUGACACCUCCCUGGAUGACUUUGUGCAUCCUGAGGACUUGAAGGCAGGGGUGGGUCUGGGGACCAGUCCCUCUGGCAGGAUGAUCUUCCUGGACAUCCCUGAGGACACAGUUGAACCCCUCACCUCUCUGGAGGGGAACAACAACGAUGAAGAGGAAUAUUAUGAAGAAGAUGAUGAGGACCUUGAUGACAGUGACUUUAAACCCGAUGAUGAUGAGAACGGCGAGGCAGAGUUUAAGAUCCAGAUAGUUCCCCGGCAACGCAAGCAGAGGAAGAUAGCUGUGAGCGCCAUCCAGAGAGAGUACCUAGACAUCUCCUUCAACACCCUGGACAAGCUGGGUGAUCAGCCCACUGACACAGAUCACAAAGUUCUGUCUACCCUGGAAAAGCCACGGGAAUCCGCCUCAGCCCCCACCCUUGAAGCUGCUAUCCCAGAAACAAGCAACCGCUCUUCAGUAUCAACUCAGUACCGUCAGGCAAAGCGAGGCUCGUUGGGAGCUCUAACCAUGAGCCAGCUGAUGAAGAGACAGCUGGAGCACCAGUCCAGUGCCCCUCACAACAUCAGCACCUGGGAGACAGGUUAGUCACUGCUAACUAUCUCUGGUCCACCUCUCCAGAGGGAAAACAUCGAAACCGAUUUUUAAUGAUUGGGUUUGACUGUGCUGAUUUUAGUGUUUAUCUCUACAGGCCCCACCAAGACCAGCCUCCUAUCUGCCCCCAGUACAGUCAGCAUGUUUGUGCCUGCCCCUGAGGAGUUCAUUGAUGACCAGCCCACCACCAUGACUGACAGGUGUCGUGACUGUGGUGCGGUGCUAGAGGAGUAUGAUGAGGAGACCCUGGGCCUGGCAGUGGUGGUGCUCUCCAUGUUCAUCCACCUCAGCCCCGACCAGGCCGCUCCACUGCUGCUGGACAUCAUGCAGUCUGUGGGCAGGCUGGCGUCUAGUGCUAAUUUCUCUGGGCAAGCUGAGAGCAUGCUGAUCCCUGGCAACGCAGCAGGUGUGGCUAAGCAGUUCCUCCGCUGUGUGUUCCAUCAGCUGGCCCCCAAUGGCAUCCUUCCCCAGCUCUUCCAGAGUAACAUUAAAGAUGGAGGUUUUCUGAGAACAUUGGCCUUUUCCCUGAUUGAUUUUAAUGAACUGAGUUCUGUGGCUGCACUGAACCAGCUACUGGAGGGUCUGAACAACAAGAAGAGUCUACCAGCAGGGGGCACCAUGCUGCACUGCCUAGAGAACAUCGCCACCUUCAUGGAGGCCCUGCCCAUGGACUCCCCCAGCAACCUGUGGACCACCAUCUGCAAUCAGUUCCAGACCUUCCUCACUAAACUACCCUCUGUGCUGCCUCUGAAGUGUCCCCUGGACUCCAGUUUGAGGAUCAUCAUUUGCCUGUUGAAGAUCCCCACCACAAGUGCAACCCGGAGCUUACUGGAGCCCUUCUCCAAACUGCUGAGCUUUGUCAUCCAGUAUGGAGUGUUCAGCCUCUCUUACCUGGUGGAGCUGUGUGGCCUCUGCUACAAAGCCUUCAAUAAGGAGCGAGAUAAGUUCUAUAUGUCUCGUAUUGUGGUGCUGGAGCUUCUACAGGCUCUGAAGUUCAAGUCUCCUCUACCCGAUACUAACCUGCUACUGCUGGUCCAGUUUGUUUGUUCAGAUAUUGGUACGAGGCUAGCAGAGUCUACUGUUCUCUCAAAGCACAUGAUCUCAUCUCUUCCAGGGUGCACGACAGCAGCAAUGGAAUGCAUGAGGCAAUACAUCAGUGAACUUCUAGACUUCAUAGCGGAUAUGCACACGCUGACCAAACUAAAAAGCCAUAUGAAGGCGUGUUGUCAGCCACUGCACGAGGACACGUUCGGAGGGAACCUGAAAGUGGGCCUGGCACAGGUAGCUGCCAUGGAGAUCAGCAAAGGCAAUCACCGUGACAACAAGGCAGUGAUCCGUUAUCUGCCCUGGCUCUACCAUCCCCCGUCCGCCAUGCAGCAGGGACCUAAGGAGUUCAUUGAGUGUGUGUCCCACAUCCGCCAGCUGUCCUGGCUGCUCCUGGGCUCCCUGACCCACUAUGCCCUGCACCAGGGCUCCACCUCCUGUAUGCCCAUCCCCCUGGACGCUGGCUCACACAUCGCUGACCACCUCAUCGUCAUCCUCAUCGGCUUCCCUGAACAAUCCAAGACGUCAGUGCUGCACAUGUGCUCCCUGUUCCAUGCCUUCAUGUUUGCCCAGCUGUGGACCAUUUACUGUGAGCAGUCGGCGGCCACUCCGGCCCUGCAGAACCAGAAUCAGACAGAGUUCUCCUCCAACGCCAUUCUGACCGGCCUGGAGUUCUGGAGCCGCGUCACACCCAGCAUCUUGCAGCUCAUGGCCCACAACAAAGUGAUGGUGGAGAUGGUGUGUCUACAUGUCAUUAGCCUGAUGGAGGCUUUACAAGAAUGCAACUCAACUAUCUUUGUGAAGUUAAUACCUAUGUGGUUGCCCAUGAUUCAAUCUAACCUAAAGCACCUGUCUGCAGGUCUACAGCUGCGGCUGCAGGCCAUCCAGAACAGAGUGAACCACCAGUGUGUGCAGGGCCAGGUGGCUGGGGCCCUGCCCUUCGCCCUGCGCAAGUGGCUGCAGUGCACACAGUUCAAGAUGGCCCAGGUGGAAAUCCAGUCAUCCGAGGCUGCCUCACAGUUCUACCCCAUGUGACCUGCCCACCUCUCACUAUAGGAGAUCCUCCAAGACCCAGUCCUCCUCAGGACCAGCAUGCAUCUGUCUGCUGCCUGCCUGACCAUAAAUAUCAGGAAGUCGACUCCUGCAUAAACUGACUCUCACCGUCUUAAGACACUGCUUCGGAUGUAAUCAUCUUCAGCACCUUCUAAACUUUGUAUAUCUAUACUAUUCUUUGGUGCAAUGAAAGGAUAGGUGAGUACAGGUUGGGCAGGUGUGCAGAUGUAGGGGGAUCACAGUUCUGUAGAUAGCAGGUUAGAUGUCCAACAUGCUGUAUGCUGCAUCAGAGGUCAGAACAGACGGAGAGAAUAUAUAGCAGCAGAUGAUAGUCUGGAUGAGGAAUGCUGAAGCUCAGACUUGUUCACUUGGUGAUGCUCAUGGUCUAUAUCGAUAUGUUCAGUUGCUUGGUUGCAAGCCUGAUAAAAAUAAUAAAAUCAAGACACAUUUUCUAAAUAUUGUUGUCACUGUAAUUUCUACAGAGGACAGUUAAAGUGCACAACGUGUGAUAUGAUUGCACAUCUGCACAGUAACUACCACAGUAUAUCUUCCCUAAGGUUUAUGGGAAAACUAAAUGACUGCAAGAGGAUCUGUUAAACCCAAAUACUGUGUAGGAACCACCCAUAUCCUAGCUCAGAAGAAACCAUUAGCAAUCAUACUAUAUAUCUUAUCAGUAAAUCCAAUUAGACUUUAGGGCUCCUGUCUCACCUCUUCCUCUGCUCAGUUCCAACAGGUUGCCUCUCGCCAUCAGAGCCCAGAUCGAUCAGACACAAAGUGGGUUGCAGUAGCAACAAAAGCAGCAGCGUUGUAACUCGAUCAGGAUGAAACCAAACAGGGGAGGUAAACAAGACAAGCUAGUCCAUGUUGACCGCCCCCUGUAGAGCCUAGCCAUCAUUUUCCACUGACAUGGACCAAAUACAGUUACCUCUGGUCUAAUGUGGUUUGUCAUGAUAAAGCAUUGUUGUGGAAUCUAAUGACAUUAUGGAAAGGGCACUUGUCAGGGAAUGCCACGCCACAUGAGAGCUGGGCUACCAUAUAUUUAAAUCAAAGCUUGAUCUCACUCACUUUUUUUCUCUACAUUGUUUCUCCUUUAUUUUCAAGUUGAAUUAAAAAGCUAUUUAAUGCCAUGGUUGUCGGACACAAAAUGAAAACAAGCAGGGCAGAAUUAGAUGAGUCCUGUAGAAUGUAUCAUAUUUCAUAACUUCUCUACGCCUGCACUUUGUAAAGGGAUCCUCUAUGAGAGGCGUGUGUCAAAUGAGUCACCAACGUUGAGUGCUGUCUGAUGAUAUCACACACACACACACACACACACACACACACACACACACACA